UCUAAUCCUGCCGAUAGAGGGAGACGUGGAACUGUUCGAUCUGAGUAAGAAUGUGACGGACCAGGAUUAUCCAGCGUACGGUAACGGCGAGUUGGAGUUUGACAAACUGGCAGAGGAUUGUAGUGGAUGUGCUGACGAUCAGACAGAUAUCAUCCGAGUUACACCUGAUGGUAAGCUCUUCCUGGCUGUCGACUCGACAACCCUCACCGAUCAAUCGGUCAAUGUAACGGUACGAGUCCAGGAUCGAGCGCUGACUUCCCUCAAUGACACAGCGCUCGUGAGUAUCUCCUUCCGGCGAGCGAGCACCAGUCCUCCAACGUUCGUCAAGGAAUGCAAGACACCUGUCCUGAUUGACGAGCAACUAGAAGUAGACGUUCUCGUGUGUGCCCUUGAGGCUGUGUCUUGGGACGGACAACCAGUCAUCUACAGAUUCAAUGGUCUGGAACCAGGGAACUUCUCGCUGGGCUCCCAGACCGGGGAUAUCUACACGACGAGGCCCUUCGAUUACGACGCAGACGACAGACUAUUUGAACUACUUGUGUUCGCGAGGACUAGCGAGUCUGGACCGGAAAGUUUCACCGUUGUUACUGUACAGGUUGUUGAUAUCAACGACAAUCCCCCAGUAUUUGCACAGCAGGACUACAUCUUUGAGUUUGAUGAAGACACUGACGAUACUGACUGCGCCGAGCGUGAAUGGUCUAUCGUUGCAACAGACGCCGAUUCCACACCAGAGAAUAACAUCAUCCAGUACUCUAUCGUUGGUGGCAGUGAGGAUUUCGACAUCAACCCGUCCACUGGACUGAUCGUCAAGAUCCGCUGCAUCGAUGCCGAAAACACCAACUACACGUCCCGUACAAUCAGUCUGACUGUCAACGCGACCAACCCAGAAGCAGAACUUCAACUUUUCGGCUCGACGGUCGUCACUUUUAUCAUCCGGGAUCUGAAUGACAAUGCUCCGACCUUUGACCCCGUGGAUUACCCUCCUGUGCGGCUUCCUUAUUUACCGUCGUAUGCCAACAUGGGGACCGUCACUGCUAUCGACGUGGACGUGACCGAGUACAACGGUGCCGUCGUGUAUUCAUUUACGCCAGGACAAGAUAUAAAUAUGCUCCAGUAUUUCACUAUCGAUGCGAACACUGGUCAGAUCAGGACAUCAAACGUGACUGGUUACACCGAUGAAGAGUUUGGAGAAGCGAACAGUAUAACGAUCCGUGUGGAUGCACGUGAUGAAGGUUCUCCACCGCAGACAUCCCCUGAACCAGCUCGCGUCCCCAUCAUCAUUGAUCGUACCUUCCAGGACGAGCCAUACUUCUAUGAAGAGGACAGACAACAAGAGACGUCGAUACCUGAGAAUGCAGCUGCAUGGUGCAGCCCAUUCGCUAGGCCGGUCAUUCCUGAAGACCCAGCAAUCAGAGUUGUUUACAGUAUUCUAGCUGUCGAUCCACCAUCUGCCGAGUCCAAGUUCGCCCUGAAUGUCACAGACCCUUAUUCUCCAAUGCUCUGCACAAUUGAAGCUCUAGAUCGAGAAACUGAUGCGGAAUACUCCAUCACUGUACAGGCAAGCUCUUGCAACACAACGGUGGAGGUUUGCACUUCCGCCAACCAGGCAAGGAUUAAGAGACAGGCUGAAAUAGAAGCCGAGAACAGUCCAGAUUUCAGCACUGUCGUCAUACGACUUUUCGUCAGUGACGUCAACGAUGCCGCUCCUGUGAUUAAGAAGGACUUCAUAGAUGGCGCCAACAAAUUUCUCAUCGGUAUCCUAGAUGACACCAAAUAUGGCGCCAGCAUCUUUUUGCUUCAGGCCACGGACGCAGAUGCCACAUCGGCCUUGGAGUACACCUUGGAAUCGGAUGACAAAAAUCUACCCAAAUUCUUCCUCAAUCAAUCCACUGGCAUUCUCCGGGUCGACGACAUUGUCGCCAAUUACUUAGAUGAUGCAAGUGUCGACCCGAAAAAAGAGCAAGCGGUUUAUGACGUCACAUUCAAGGUCACUGACACCCUGACAACGGGUGACGCGAGCAAAGCAUCAGCCGAGGUUCAAGCUAAGAUAAAAGUGCUUUUCACCUUUGAGUCUGCCAUUCUGGUGAUCGAGAAAACCCCAACAGAGGUAGAAAAUGAGCAAACGGUGCUUCUUAAUUGUCUGUCGAGCAGUCUGGGUGUAAGUCUGGUGGCAGAAAGACUCGAAGCUCAUAUUGUGAUGAAUGCAAAUGCUGCACCUACAGUCGAUAACAAGAGAACUGACCUGUGGGUGUAUGCAGUAGAUGUGAGUAUAGAUGGCGGCUCGUUUCUCAAGUACUGGGAUAUCAAAGCGAAAUGGGACUCCGCCAGCUCGGCCGUUUCUGAUUGUAGCCCGGACAUCAACAUACAACCUGUCCGACCGUCAGCUGUUGCGAAUCAGGAGUAUGAUGUCUCCUUGAUCGUCGGGAUAGCUUUACUGAUACUUGCAGGUUGCAUCGGUGUUGCUUCAAUCCUGAUGAUUGUUGCCGUUAUCUACAUGUGGAAGGACGUGAAACUUCAAGGAGGCCGUCAGAUUUCCCGCAAGUUGGACAUGUUGAUGUUGACGGAGAAGGACGAGCACCAGUACGAGUUCGGGACUGACAAUCCAGCAUUCGAAGACGACCAAUCGGUUGAGGAGGCGUCUGUUGCGCAUGUCAGUGAAGUCGAGGAGGAGGCUAAAAUUUGUGAAGCUGAGGUUGCUAUAGAAACGGAGGUCGAGGAAGAACCAAGAUACGUAACUACCAACGUCGCUGAAGUCCCAGUUUCUCCACUGCAGAAGGGUCCGGAGUACUAUGAAUCACAGGAACUUGUGUUUGACUUCUUGGAGUAUGAAGAUUCCGAGGAUGAGCCUGGAAUCUCCGACUAUGCCCAUAUCAAGACUACAGAAUACAGUGGUGAAGGUCCUGGUUCUGACGUGGCUCAAGCACUGCCUGCUAGCACCGAGGCAAUGAAUGAACAGGAAGGUCAGGAUGAUGACAAGUCGGAUGACAAGUCAGAUGACAAGUCGGAUGACAAGUCAGAUGACAAGUCGGAUGACAAGUCGGAUGACAAGUCGGAUGACAAGUCGGAAGACAAGACAGAGGACAAGUCGGAUGACAAGUCAGAUGACAGGUCAGAUGACAAGUCAGAUGACAAGUCAGAUGACAUGUCGGAUGACAAAUCGAAUGACAAGUCAGAUGACAAGUCAGAUGACAAGUCGGAUGACAAGACAGAGGACAAGAUAGAUGCCAAGUCAGAUAAAUCAGAUGACCAGUCAGAUGACAAGGCUGAUGACAAGACAGAUGAAAAGGCAAAUGACAAAGUGGAUAACAAGUCAGAUGACAACGUAGCUGACAAACAAAACGACAAGCCGGGUAAUGAGUCAGACGGGAACUCUGACGACACUCCGAAAAGCACGUCAGAUGACAAGGAGGGUGACAAAUCAAACCAAGACGACGUUACCCAAGAGCCACCUUCAGAGGGGCAAGAGCCAGAGGAACCAGAGACAGAGCCACUACGGACCCCAACCACGCCCAAAUCAGUCCACUUUGAUUUAUCGGACCGAGUCGAAGACCGGAGUAGUUCCUCGGCUUCAUCUGACAGCACUCCACUGGUAGACUUCGGCAUGGGAAGGGUACCAGACUUCCUGGAAGAGCUUGAGGUGACGUCACUGUAAUACGUUUCUCUGUAGGUAUCUACAAUGUUCGCUCUGCUACGGCCACCAGGUAUUCAAUGAGUUUAACUGUAUAGAUAUUGAUGCUUCCACUGGAAAUUAGCUUUCCUUAUAGAUAUUGUGACUCGUUAUUGACAUACAAUGUAAUUAUAACAAUUUCUGGAUCCAUGUUUACUUGUUUGAAAAGCUUGAAUUUCAUGAACGUUCCACAACAAGUAUGCAUUCAACCGUAGCAAGAAAUAUUCUUAAAUUAAAACGUACGUAGUGCCUUACAAAGUUUUCAAUGCUUGCUACACUGAGAAACCAAAGUAAUGUCUUUGAGAUGCGCUAGAUUACCUAAAACGUGCCUUAUAGUCACACGUCGCAAUACUUAAUAGGCAAGCGUAGGUAGACAUGAUGCAAUUAUACGAAAAGUGCCUUAAUAGACUGCGAUAUUUGCUUCAUUAAAUACAUAAAGAGUGCCUUUAAAAUACACUUGCAACUGGAUUUUAAUUGUUUCUAUUGCAGAAUAAAAUUGUUCUGAUAAAUUCCGUUACUUUUUUUAACAGCUGCUACACACUGCGAUUCUUAUGCAUUGUUAUUAUUGUUAUAUGCUGCAGGUAUACGAUGUAAUUUUGAUGAUUUGUUCAUGUACACCGAAUCUGUAACCUGUACUCUUUUUUUUUUAUCUAAGUUGAAGUUAGAUAAUUUGUUUAACCUAGAAGCAUAUUCGAAUUAAGUUAGAUUUCUUGCAUGUGAGUGUGCAUUGCAUUGUAUACACAAGUCUACUAAUGAUACAUUUAUGCAGAGCUUCGGUGCGUGCUAAUCCCGUAUAUCGAUUGUUUUCCUUGAUUGUGAGAGCGAACGUCACUCACAUUUUGGACUUCAAGGAGCUUCGAAUUUACCGAAAGAUUUGUUGAUACUAACCAUAAAGUGCCUUGCACAUGUCUUUUAUCUGCAACCUAAAACUGUUAUUCUUAAAACAUUUUAUAAAUUAAUAGUAUCGUUGAUUGGCAUUCGUAGCGCAUCUCACUAUUGUGCCCUUAUGUGCCUUAGUCAUAUUCGCAAAUAUAUACAUGUACCCUGUCAUUUUAUGCAUGCUAUUAGGUACGACAAAGCUAUAUGCAAUUGAUAUUUUUUAUGGCAUAAUAAAAAAAAGUACCGUAUGUUAAACAG